CAUCACGUGACAUUGAGUCUUGUGACAGUGCAGCGAGCAGGAAAAACGUCGUGUUGAGUUUGAUAAGGAGUUUCACUCUUUAACAAACCUAGAUUUCUCUCAUAAACGAGAGAAAUCAAGAAAAGGUCGUUAUGGCGCAUCUUUAGGACAUUUAUACGUCUUAAAACCAUUCCUGUCCCGAAGCUGUAAGAGCGGGUUGAAGUCGCAUGGGGAGAGUGGAGGAACUUUCAUCUAACGUUAAUCUUUGUUUUGGUUUUUGUUUGCGUUAGUCCAGUGAUCGUCCGCGUUAAAAAAAGAGAUUUAAAGAAGAUUUAAUGUUAGUUUGCUGAAGUGGACAGGACGCCUCAGACCGGAUAUGGAUACUAAACCUCUCCUCCAGGACAGACCUCCAGCGUACAACACGGUCCCGGCCGCGUACGACUACGGCUCGAUCCCCGCGGCCGCUGCACCCGCGGCGGGCUUCCAGCCUCCGGCACCGCCGCCCUAUCAAGGUUUCCCGGCUGCCACAUCAGGUUAUCCCCCGGCCCCAGGCGUGCCUGCUGCCGUUGCCAGCCAGCCAGCCUACACCAGCACCUACACCAUCGUCCAGCCCUCUGUGGUGGUGGUGGGGGGAUGUCCGGCCUGCAGGGUCGGUGUGCUGGAGGAUGACUUCACCUGUCUGGGAAUCAUGUGUGCCAUAUUCUUCUUUCCUCUGGGAAUUCUCUUUUGCCUGGCCCUGCGUCAGAGGAGAUGUCCAAACUGUGGAGCCACUUUCGGCUAGAGGGACCAAAACCCUGUCGCUGUCUUUUUAAUUCAGUUUUUAAAGCAUCAGCAUAGUUUAUUUGUAAUCACUGCACAUGAAAAAUGCCAAACGUCGCUUAUGUAACUAUGAUAAAUGACAGAUCACAAUAGUAACCAGCCACAAACUCUAUGAUUACUUCAAGAUGUUUAUCCAUGUUUUUAGUUUAUACACGCCUCGCAAGCACUAUUUUCUUUUUUGUUCUUUAUAUGAAAUCUUAAAGCCAGUCUCCAGUCAUUUAAUCACUAGUGCCUUUACGACGGCAGAGAAACCAUGAACUGAUCGAGCCGGGACUCACUGAGGGUAAUUCCCAUACGACUCUGGGCAAACGCCGACUCACUUUGAGUAACAUUGUGUGCGUAUUGUGUAAAUGAAAUCAAUGACUUGCUUCUCUGAUGUUUUUUUCAAUUUCAUCACAGAAUGCUCCAUCUACUCUUGUGUAUUGAAAUAACCAUCCCCACGUCUUUUCAUUGACUAUAAUAUACUCACUAAUCAUGUUAAUCACGUCUUAGACAAGAUCAAAAAGAAUUGUAUUUAUCUUCAUCUUCUGUAUUAAUUGUUUUAUGCUUCAUUUAAAAAAUGUUAUUUGUAUAUCUUGGAUUUCUGAAUCAGUUUUAGACCAUUUUUCCUUCUUGAUGGGGUCUGAUUUUGGGGGCCAUGUUUUCAUCGUACUGCACUGAUGAUCAAUGUUAUAUGUGCUGGGGUUUCUGAAAGCGUCUUAGAGAGGGUGAGUACGCAGUUAUGUUUCACUCAAUGGACCUCAGCCAGAUCUAAGUUGAAUUGAAACCUGCAAUAAACAAGGGAAGUUGGCGCCAGGACAAUGUAAUGCGUCACACAAGGACACGUAGUUAAUCUUUGACAAUGGAAUGGUUUUCUUUCCAGUGACCGACAAUCAGUCUCGGACGUGUCCAGUGUGAUUUCAUUCAUGAUGUACUCAUACCAUACACUAGGCACGCUAUUAUGAUCAGUUAUAACUUUUUUACAUUAAAAGAAUUGUAAAUAAA